AUACGUCACUGCCUCAUUCUUCAGGCAAAAAUUGCAAGCUGUUGGUGGACCACGCAGCUCAGGUCAUUCACGAAGCGGAGCGUGUCGCCAUCAUCACCAUCAGCCUCGCCUCAUCAAAAUCGAAUCUCUGCCUCUCGAUGGCAAUCCUCGUUCUUGCCUCCAUCUGAGCCGCGGAAUUUUCUCAGCGGCGAUUUCAAUCAGGAACACGCCCCCAACUCACAACCUUUCGCUAGCGACAAUAUGGCCGAUAUCUCCACAUCCCCUCCACCAAAUCUUGCUUUACCACAUUCUGCACCAUGCAGUCCGAAGCAUGAUUUGGCCGAGCCCAGAAUACCUCUCACCAGCAAUAAUGUGAUUGAUUUCUCUAGUACUGCAUCUGCAUCAUUUUCAUUGAUUCCAAUCGCAACCGAAUCCUGCAGCGCUUCGCCGUUUACAUAUUUCAAACCCUGCACACUACUACUGCCAACUUCGCCGGUUCAGAAGCCGAAGCGCCUCUUGAUCGAUUCUGGCGCUACCCUCGUCCCUCAGUGCUCUGACUCGAAUGACAAGUGCACUUUCCGCGAAGACGAUAGCAAUUGUUCUGGCAACCUAUUCUAUUCCGAUAUCGUCGUCCACCAGGCAUCCCUCGUCGGCCGUUGGGCUGCCCUGGCACAGCUUUCGCACCAGAAGAUGCCCUUUCCAGGAAAGCCGAUCAACACUCUUCAAGACUGA